GGGAUUGAGACAAACACGGAAAGUUGCUUAGAUGCUGGCAAGAGCAUCUCUCAGUGUACAGGAGUUGCUGCUUCCAACUACGGCAGGGCAGCCUUGGUGUCUGGCAGUCAGUGAAUCCAGGGCAUCCAGUGGGGCCAGCAAUUUGGAAGGGGGAAAUCCCUGAAGGACCAUUCCUGUCUGUGUCUGUGAAAGAAGAGCCUUGCAGUCCUUAGUGAGAAGAUGAUGGCAUGUACAGAGAUGCUGACAAUGUGCUUGCUCUCUGCCAAGCAUGCUUACAGCCUCAAAUCCACGGAGAGUCCACCGAACUAUGGCAAGGGACUAGCAAUCUUCCACGAUAUUUUUCGACGAGCCGACAAGAACGAUGAUGGAAAGUUGUCAUUUGAGGAGUUUAAGAACUGUUGUGCUGACGGGAUCCUCAGCUCUGAAGAACUGUGGGAGUUGUUCCAUGGCAUUGACAGGCAUCAUUCAGACAAUUUAGAGACUGAGAAGUUGUGUGAUUAUUUCUCAGAACAUCUUGGAGAAUACAAGAAUGUUCUCUCUGCUUUGGAGCAGCUCAACAUUGCUGUCCUGUCAGCCAUGGAUAAAACCAAAAUGGUAUAUGAGAGCUCCUCCAAGAUGGAACAGUUUGUGACCCGCUUCCUGCUGCGGGAGACAAUGAAUCAGCUGCAGUCCCUGCAGGUCUCGCUGGAGUGUGCUGCAGACACCAUUGAAGAACAGGCUGGACGAGAAAGGAAGGAUGUGAAUAAAUCAGAUGCUUUCAUUGGCCAACGCACUGUAAAAAGGUGUGGUCGCAGAGCUCAGAAAAACAUCUGCUUGUCUCCUACAGAUCCUUACUCAGGGAUGCUGACCACAGGUGUCUGUGUGGAAACUGACAGCCAGUGGGCAGCUGAAAUUAACCGACUGCAGCAGCUUAUCGACAAACUGGACUGUAAGAGUCCAAGACUGGAACCACUGAAAGAUGAUAUAGUAUGCAAAGCAAGAGAUUCCCACAUCUUGGUGGCACAGAGACAGAUCUCAGUGACAGAAAGUGGACUAGAGGCAUUCCGCCAAGCUCUCCAGUCCUACACAGAAAUCACAGCUGUACAGAGCAGCUGCCUACAUGUGUCUGCCCACAAUCUGACAAAUGAAGCUUGUUUCAUCCUCUAUGAGUUCUGGCAAGAUGUGGCUUCCUGGAGAAGCUACAUGCAAUCGAAUCACAGUAAGAAGUUCCAACAAGCCAUCAUUGACUUACUGGACUCUGCAGAACAUUUGACCACCAUGCUGUUUCCAGCUUCCUGGUGGAUCAUGAACAAUAACUGACCUCCCCAUGGUGUUCCCUCAAGGCAACCAGCAUGCAGAUGGAUAAAACAUUACCCUUCAAAGACAGCCUUCUUUCCUGGGUUUCCCAAAUCCCAACCCCUUCAAUGUUGCUUUUCUUCUCUAUAUUCAUGUGGAAUGCUUUGAUCUUCCUUUCUUCUGCUGCCAUAUGAGUGGGACAGCACUUCUGAAUGUACUUUGCCAUCCUUCCUGAACAUUAGCCACGUCCUCGAACCAUCUCAACAUAGGACUUUCAUCCAGAACAAUGGCAUAAUCUUGCUAGCCUUUCUGGCUAUGAGAUCAGGCUGUCAUUGGAGCAUUUUACCUGGAGAUCCAAAAGUGGCCCGGCCAUCCAGUGUAGUGUGAUGGCACACAGGGAGCAUAAUUCGCAUGGCUUGUUGUGGAGAUGUGAGGUUGAAGUUGUAACUCUGAGAUAAAGGACCAAGUUGGGAGCUAUAUAUAGUCAUCCUACAUGAUCUGGAUAUGAACUCAUGAGAAGGCGGGGUGUUUUUCAGGUAGUUAUGAUUUGGCUCCCCCCUGCUCUGUAAUAGCUCAGGUCAUGGCUGGGCGCUUGGGGAAUUUCUGGAAGGGUAAAUUGAGGGUAAUGAGCGUACCCAAAGAGGGCAAAAUGAAAAGAUGCCGCAUUCUCUAAUAAGGAUCAGCUCUCUGUAUUCAGAGGCAUCAAUGAUAUUCAGUUCAUGUUAAUCAGUAUCCCUCUUCCUAUCCCAAAUCCACCUAAUAGGUUAAUGUGACCCUCUGAGUAUCACUUCCUGUUAAUUUACUGAAGCAUGAGUAUCAGCAGCAUGUUCUUUACUAACCAGCAGAAGGGAAGGGAAGUCCAGCUCCCUGGUGCUAAAGGUGAAAUGUCUGAGGGGCAAACUCAGAAAAUGGAUUGACAUCAGGGCCAGAGUGGACAAAAUGGACACUUGUCUAUCUGUAGUAUUACAGACCACAGUCAACAAUGGGCAAAGACAAUUUUACCCUUCUGUGCUCUUUGCUUCAGGAUGGGUGUUAUGUGGAGAAUCUCACUUGAUUCACUUGGAGCUACCUAGAGCACCUUCCUUAUGAGGUGAGUCUACACCAGCGGCUUUUUAGUUUAGGAAAAAUAUGACUGCAGGAAGAUAUGAUAGAGGUCUAUAAAGUCAUGCAUGGUGUGGAGAAAGUAGAUAGAGAUAAUUUUUUCUCCCUCUCACAGAACACUAUAACCAGGGGUCAUCCCAUGAAAUUGAUUACCAGGAAAUUUAGGACCAUCAAACAGAAGUACUUUUUCACUUAACGGGUAAUCAACUUGUGGAAUUCUCUGCCACAAGUUGUGGUGACAGCCAACAACCUGGAUGGCUUUAAGAGGGGUUUGGAUAACUUCAUGGAGGAGAGGUCUAUCAACGGCUACUAGUCGGAGGGCUAUAGGCCACCUCCAGCCUCAAAGGCAGGAUGCCUCUGAGUACCAGUUGCAGGGGAGUAACAGCAGGAGAGAGGGCAUGCCCUCAACCCAUGCCUGUAGGCUUCCAGUGGCCAGUGUGUGAAGCAGUAUGCUGGACUAGAUGGGCCUCUGAUACAGCAGGACUGUCCUUAUGUUCACUUCAUGGCUCAGAGGGGAUUGGAACUGAGGUUCCCUCAGUUCAAUUCUAACACUCUGGCCAGACUGAGGAAAUGGUCUGAAAGUGAUAUAAUGAUGCUUGCGUGGUGCAUAAUUACCUCAGCACACACCCAAAUCCCAGAUAAGGGACAGAGGGCUAGUUUGGAUGAUACCAUCUCUGCUCAACAUGAUUAGGAAGGAGAAGCACCAAGAGACACAGAGUACCCAUUGAGAUGUCCUCUAUGGAUGUCCCAGUGCCCUCCCGGUACAUCCCUUUAUUGCAUGCAGCGGGCUGUUCGUCUGAAUGGCCCUUCUGCACACACUCCAGAUAUUUGGAGCACCCUCUUAAAAAUAACUUUCCAAAAUAUAUUUGGAGUUCUCAGUGCAUCCCAUUCCUAAUUGCGUGGGCAGGGACACUAUCAUCAGAACUGGCUGUCUAGUACCUACUAUGCACCAUUGGCUCUGCUUCUGGGCUUCAUGCAGGACAAACCUGUGCAUGUCUACCCAGAAAUAAGUCCCACUGAGUUCAAUAGAACUUACUCCAAGUAACUGUGCACAGGAUACUACUACUACAACUACUAUGGAUAUACUACCGCAGCUAUAUAGUAGUAGUAUACAGUGUAUGCAGCUAUACAGUGUUAAGACCUGCAAGAAGGUUGGUUGUGACCAUUCAUGGCCAGCUGUGGAGCACAAAGCUGGUCUUGGACACUGGGCAGUUAUCCUAAGUGCUGAAGCUGGAGAUUGAUUCCUCCAGGUAGUAAGCAUCAACAUGUAUCUUCCAGCACCACAGGAUGCGAUGUCAGGAUCUACUUACAAUUCCUUUCCCAGCUCAUUAAAUUUCCAUUGAAAAGGGUCAUCUACUCAUUUCUUACUACAUUUUUAUCCUGCCCAUGCCUUUCUUCUAAGGAAGUCAGGGCAGCACAUGCUGUUCUCCUUGGCUGUCCUAUUUUCUCUUCACAAUAGCCCUGUGAGGUAGGUUAGACUGAGAGAAAGUGAUUGUCUCAGAAUCACCCAGUGAACUUCACAGCUGAGUGAAUAUUUGAGCCCAAGUUCCCUUAGUAGAGUGCCAGUUUAGCACUCUAACCACUAUACCCCACUGAUGGACUAAACUAGAUUGUCCUCUCUGCAGCCUGCCCAGUCUCCCAAGCCCCUGCUUACCAGACUUCUCUUCCUGGGUUUUGUACACUAGAUAUGCAGAGAGAUUCAGGUGCAGAAUUCAGCUGUGAAUUGGCCCAUUUGCAUGUUUGAAAUUCAGAGGUGAUUUUCAUCUUCUGCAUGACCCUUGGGGAUAUAUUUCGAGCAGUGAACAGGGCUGUUACUAGAGAGGGUAGAGAAACAAAAUGCACUUCCUCAUCCCUUUCUGUCCACACUGAGCUGCAAGCCACACCUCACGCACAGCUAGUUUACUGGCUCCUUGUGAGGAAAGGAGCUCUUGUUCGGCCCUUGUAAGGUUGUGCUGUAUGUCAGCCUCAAUACAUCUAAACUGGUUUAAUAGUUAUUUCCUUUCACAGAGAAACCUGGGGACUGUAGUUCUGAUGGAAGGGGUAAGGGUCUCUGACAGCAUUCUUGGCCUCUUGACCAAAUUGUAGUUCCCAGGAUCUUUUGGGAUGGAAUGGACACCUAGUCAUUGUAGUUAAGUGGGUAUAAUGCUAGCAUAAGUUUGAAGUGCAGACAUGCCCAUACUGACUGACGUACUGCCACCACGUUACGUGUGUGAUGGAACGUAAUGUUUGUGCAUCAAACAACAAAUUGUGCAGCAAACAACAAAUUGUGCAAACGAAGGUGUGUAUCACUGCAGCACUGUGGCAUAAUCCUGCACAAUUUUUGCCGUUGUUCUUACACAACUUUGCUCUUACACACCUGUGAAAACAUUACAUCCCACUGUGUACGUAACAUUGUGCAGUAUGUCAGACACUCUCUUGUUGCUGUGUCUAUAGAUGGCUGACCUUUGUCAACAUGCAGUCCAGAAAGACUUUUUCUGUUACAAAUAAAAGCAGCCUUUUAAGAAGAGAUAGAAAAUUGCAUGCUUUAUUAGAACAAGGAGUUAAAUUAUCUGAUGUGGGGCAGUUUGAUGCUUUUGCAUUCUGCAUAAUAUUUUAAAUAUUGUGAAUAUUCCCCUCCCUAAAAAAAGCAGAAGAAAGAAACUGUUAAAUUUCAACAAAGGGAAAACAAAAAGUCAGCCCAAGGAGAGAAUAGCAGCUUUGUUAAUUUUUCAAAAGCCUGGUUAUUUAGUAUUUUUUUUAAUGUGUAUGCAAGGCUCCGUCUGUAUUCAAUAAUCAAAAUAUGGCUGUGUCCUCCAGUUUCCUUGUCUCUUAAUAAACAAUUCCACAUUGCUGCA